GUUUAUUUGGUGUGAAAUAAUCGGUACCUUUAGUAGUUAUCAUUCAUAAUGUCGCAAAACCAGCCUACAACUCGUCAGCGCAAUGACGAAGCUGAACUCGACCUUCUGGACUUCAUCUACGCCCAGCCAAACCGGAAGGAGAUCCAGGGAAACCCCCAGAAGGUGCUGGACCUGAUUGACGAAUUCGCUAAAUCGCGUCACCUCAUCCAUGUGGGGCCCGAGAAAGGGAAGGUCGUAGCAGACCUCAUUGCGGAGCGCAAGCCCCAGACCAUGAUUGAACUCGGAGGUUACGUGGGCUACUCGGCCAUCCUGUUCGGCGAUGCCGUGCGUCGGGCCGGUGGCAAAAAGUACUACAGUUUAGAGUUGAACCCUGAAUUCGCCGCCAUCUCAACCCUGCUGCUGGAUCUGGCGGGCCUCCGGGAUUUUGUCCAGAUCUUGGUGGGUCGCAGCGACCAGUCCCUGAAUAAGUUGUAUACCAGUGGUGAAGUUCCACAGGUGGAAAUUAUGUUCAUUGAUCACUACAAGCCUGCGUAUACCACGGAUCUGAAACUAUGCGAGCAGAUUGGCAUGAUCGUUCCCGAUGUCUCGGUUCUGGUGGCUGAUAACGUGCUCUAUCCGGGCAAUCCACCGUACCUGGAGUAUGUACGGAGCACGGUGGAACAGAAGCGAAAGGCGGCCGAGAAGGGACCAAUCCAGAUGUAUAACACGGAUGGUAUACCUGCUGUGAGUGUGCGGGCCUUUCUUGGCGCGGAUGCCACGCCUCUGUUUGACAUCCUUGGGAACCCGAAUUUGGUGUAUGAGAGCACCUUGAAUCAACCGGAGGGACUUCGGGAUGCCCUGGAGAUUACUCGGUGUGUAGGAGUUGAGAAGGCGUGAUCGGGAAAAGCAUUUCCGGCGGAAGAAAGCAUUUCAAUCGGUCGGCUCGGAAGCGUGACAGACGGUCGGCCUUUGCCAGAUUUGGUAGAAUUUUGCCCCGCCAUAUCCGCCGGACCCAAAGGUUCCUAUCGCGAGGACCUUCCCCCGCACUAGCUGUGUUUCUACAUCAUCACUAAUA